GACAUAGGCUCCCUGGAGAGGGGUGGGACUGGCUCCCAAGCCUGUGAGUCACCCGGGCUCUGCACAAACCAUCAAUCCCAUUACUUGCCUUGUGCGGGCGGGCGCGCGGGCAGUCGGACGCUGUCGCCUCCUCCUCCUUCUCUUCUUCUUUCCUCACCUCCACCAGCAGCACUUUUUCACCUUCCUCAGCAGCCUCCUUCGGCGACUCCAUGGCGAGCUGGUUGGACUUGUUACAGUGUCACAUCCUUCUCCUCAGCCGUGGGGCCAACUUCCCUCCCAGCUAGGGUCCCUCUCCUCCUCCUCCUCCUCAGCAGCAGCAAAGUGAUGGGAUAGAGACGGGACCUCUGGAAGGAAGGAGGGAAGGAGUGAAGGAAGGUAAAAAGGAAGGACUCUGCUGUCUCAGCCACCCUCCACCUGGAUGCCCCCUCUUCCCGCCUCCUGAGUCCCCCUCCCCUCAAAACAGAACUCAUUCCUCUCAUUUCCCCCUUUCCUUUGUCAACCUGGAUUGUUGAAAUCUUCCCAAAAGGAUCCUGAUGUCCGAACUUCUCUUCCUUCCGUCCGCACUUUCUUGUCCUAAGGCUGUUUUCGGUGAAGAGCUUUGACAUCUGUAGAAGCAGCUGGAAGUGAGGAUAUAUGUUGGGGAAAGGAGGAAAGCGGAAGUUUGAUGAGCAUGAAGAUGGGCUGGAAGGCAAAGUGGUGUCUCCGACUGAUGGUCCAUCUAAGGUGUCUUACACCUUACAGCGCCAGACUAUCUUCAACAUUUCCCUUAUGAAACUUUAUAACCACAGGCCAUUAACGGAGCCAAGCCUACAAAAGACAGUUUUAAUUAACAACAUGUUGAGGCGAAUUCAGGAGGAACUCAAACAGGAAGGCAGCUUGAGGCCUGUGUUCAUCGCCCCUUCGCAGCCUACCGAUCCUCUGGGAGACAACUUCCGAGAGGUUCAGCCUGCCUUUAGCCAUCUGGCCUCGCCGCCAGUCCACCCCACUGACUCAGCAAGCACUACACCACUGGAGUCUUGCCUCACCCCUGCCUCUCUGCUUGAGGAUGACACUUUUUGCACUUCCCAGACUAUCCCCCACGAUGGUCCUAUGAAACUACCACCUCCAACUGUCCAACCAGUAAAGGACAGCUUCUCCUCGGCCUUGGACGAAAUUGAGGAGCUCUGUCCAACACCUACCUCCGCUGAGGCAGUAGUAGCUGCAGUAACAGCAGACACGACGGCAUCAGAUCAUGCUAAGGAGAACGUCAGUGCAUCCUGCAUUCAGAAGUCCGAGGGCGUCCAGGAGAGCAGAAUAAAUGAACCUAAACUGAUGGACUCCUUACCUGGUAAUUUUGAGAUCACGACAUCUACAGGUUUCCUUACAGACUUGACCUUGGAUGACAUUCUCUUUGCUGACAUUGAUACGUCUAUGUAUGAUUUUGAUCCUUGCACAUCUUCUACUGGGGCUGCCUCAAAAAUGGCUCCUGUCUCCGCAGAUGACCUCCUAAAGACGCUGGCUCCUUACAGCACCCAGCCAGUAACCCCCAAUCAGCCUUUCAAAAUGGACCUUACAGAACUGGAUCAUAUAAUGGAGGUGCUUGUUGGGUCUUAAAAAUAUAGCAACUUCUUAAAAUGUACCAGUAUCAACACUUGGUAGUAUUUUCACAGCCACCCGCCCCCUUCCUUGCAGACCUUCCCAGACAGACAGACAGACAGACAGACAGACAGACAGACAGACAGACAGACAGACAGACAGACACCCACACACCACCAAGCAUGAAUCUUUGCCUGUCUUCUCUCUCUCUUUUUUUUUUAAUGAUCACACUAGUUUUUGCUUCAAGCAGAGUUGGAGUGCCUUCAUCCAUUUAUGACCACUUUAAAUAUUUUUUUGAAAGUGGUUCCUCAAGGGAGACAUGAAAUCCUGAUAUAGGAAAAAAAAUGCAUAUUGUAAACAAUAUUGAUAUGAUUGACAGAAAGAAAGAAAAAAAAUGUAAAAGCUAAGCACAAGGAUUAUGUUGGGGAAAAGCUGUAAAUUGCAUGUGCAUAUUUGUCUAUUUUUUCUAUAAGUUUUAUUGCAAGAGGUUAAAAUAUUAUUUAGAUAAUCGCAGUACCUUUUUGGCAUUUUAGCCCUCUCUAGAUUGACUUAGCAAUUCAGCCUUUUUAGAGGUAUUAACGAUUCCUCUUUAAAUGUUGCAUUUACAUGGCUCUUUAGAAAACUGCUAUCCAAAUUUAUUUUAUAUUUUUGUACAGAUUCUGCAAUUUAUGAUAUUGAGGGGUCUUUUCUUAAAAAAAGGAAAAUAAAAUAAAAACAAAAGAAAAUGCUGUUUAUACUCUCUCACACACAAACAAAAAGGAAAUAGCUAUUUUGGUAGGAUUUGCUCACCCAGUUCCUGCAUACACCUUCUGAUGUACAAGAACUGCUUGUAGUUUUAUACAGACUUGUAGUGUUUUAUACGCGUAUAAUGGUGCAAAGAGAAAUUUGGAUCAAAUCAGUCUGCAGUUGGCCUCCCUCACGGAGACACACGCACUUGAAGGAAAAGGCCAAGGGCUCUUCCUCUUACCAGUUUCACAAAUAUUUACUCCCUGCUGCAUACUACUGUGAUUAACAAAAAACCUUAGAGCCAUGUAUAUUCCAACACUGAUGUCAAACAGUUGGCAGGAAAUAGCUGUGAAACUUCAUUAUGAUGAUAUUCCCUCCUCCUUUCUCCCAUCCUACAAUUACCAAGACUCCUUUUCUGAAGUUUCUUUAGAAAAUAAAAAAAUAAGACUUCAGCCACAGCGCAGCACAACGUUGCGUGCCCCUCCGUGUGUAUUGGUUCGGAUCCUAACUUUUUGCCUCCUACAUGGUGGGAGGGUUGCGGUCAUGGAAAUCCCCUUUUUCGAGUGCAACCCUCUUCCUGUCUACGGCAGGAAAAGUUAGGAUUCAGCCCGGAGAAAUCAGUGGCCUUAAGCAUACUUAACUCUUUUUUGGGAUGUGGCCAUUGUAUUUGCAUCUGGUUUUAGAAUGUCAUGAUACAGCAAAUAGUAAUCUGAUUUCAGCGUCAGCGUAAAUACCAUAUGGCUGCAGCAGUAAAUUUUUGUUUUGUGUUUCGUCUCAAAAGUAAAGUCCCAUUUCCUUUUGGCUGUGUAUUGGCCAGCCUUGCUUAAGAGUAAGUUGCGUUGAGUGUGGAGCUUCCUGCCAGGGAAAUGCAUUGAGGUCUCUUCCCUUCUCCCUUCUGGUAUAAUGCAAACAUACUUUGUUCCUUUGAUUUAGUCUUACCCUUGCUCUUUUCUUGGGACGUUAUUCUUAUUGUUAUUAUCACUACUCACUGUGUUGACGAGUGCUGAAAAAAAGGCAACUUCAGUAUUAUUGCAGUGAAAUCAUCUCUUUUUGGCAUUGGAUGGACUCACUCGAAUAUCCAUUGCCGUCAGAACUGGAGCCGCUCACAUUCUGGACACUUGGUAUUUUCUCAAGGGUUGGUUUCCUGACUCAAGCGUGUUACCUGCUUUACACUUUACAAGGCCUAUUUUACAAUGUAUAGACAACUGCAACUCUCUAUGCAUGUUUCCUUCCCGCCGAAGUCUUCUCAUUGCUGCACCUGUUGCCAAUUUUUUUUCCUUCUGUAUUCAUUAUGAUGUACAUUUAUUUUAACGAAAACUUGCAAUGUUAUCAUGCCUGUUGCUGAAACUGUUAUGGCAUAUGAAUUUAAAUGGUACUUAAUUGAGUGCAGGUUACAAACUAUAUUGUUGAUAUGCAUAUGGCUUCUUUAGGAAUAACUUUUAUAUUUAUUUAAGAAAUUUUAAAUUAUGUUUUAUGUAAUUUGGCAAUAUUCAGUCGGUUCUGCUCACUUCUUGUCAUGGAUUAAAAAAAAGAUUGGGUCUUGUCUGCCUCUAGGUAGGCAGCUGUAUAAAACUGGCACUUUAGAACAGGCCAUAUAUCUAUUUAUUUAAAUACAUGUAAUGUAUUAUGCGUAAGGCACACACAACUCCUCAUUCCUAUACAAACCUUUGUGAAAAUUAGAGAAUUGCUCAUCAGUGAAAAGUCUCUCAUUGAUGUAGCAGCAUGCUCACAAAAGGAAUUCUUGAAGUUGUCCUUAUUCGAGAACAUUUUGUGUCCAUUUCCAGUGUUGGAGAAGGUAGAGCAGAGAAAAGUCAGUGUUUUUAAUCGCAAGGUGUAGUAACUUAUAUAGAUUGCCAGAUUGUAUGUGCAGGGACGUGUUCUUCUGUGUUACUUUGACGCCAACUGUCAUUGUGAAACACCCUAUCACAUAAAGACCUUGUAGUGGUGCCGAUUGCCAUGCCUCCUCCCCAAA